CAUACAGGCUGACAUGCUGCACAGGUAUUUAAUUCUCAGGACUAGACGGAAUGUCGAAAGAACAGGGAGGCCAUGUUGGAUUUUUAGUAAACUUCUCGUGUGAUCCCGGCAUCAGAAAUCCAUCCACGGUGCAGUCCUCAGAAAGUCCUACUGUGUGACCUCUGUGAAACUGUCCCCCUACAGAGUCAUUGUGAACUUUGUAAUAUAAAUAUCUGUGUUAACUGUGCAGUAAAGCAUCUCUCAGAUUCGUCUAAAAGACACAAUGUCGUGCCCUUUUUACACAGAAAGUCUACUCCUGACUACCACAAAUGUCCAGACCACUCCGAUAAACACUGUGAAAUGUACUGUGAAAAAUGUGACAUUCCUGUCUGUUCUACUUGCGUCACUUCAGGUAAACACAAAGGUCACGAUAUAUCAGAUAUACUGGAAAAACUCAUCGCUAAAACAGAAAGUUUACAAAAAGAUGUAGAAGAAUUAGAGACAAGAAUUUAUCCCCGAUAUGAAGAAAUGGCGUCUGAUGUCCAAACUGAGAAAGCCGAAUUAGAAAGGAAAUACGGGAAACUGACGACAGAAGCCGAUGAACAAGGAGAAAUCCUACACCGGGAGAUCACCGCCAUUAUCAACCAGCGGAAAUCCGCCAUUGCGGAGAUGAAAACUAAACAUCUGGACGCGCUAAAUAAAAAUACAGAAGAAAUCACACAGAAAAUGACUGAACUCAAACAGAUCAUGUCCGACUUGAAAUCAAUCCUAAAAUCAAAUGACGCCUCCUUAACCUCUACUUACAAAUCUAGGAAUUCCGAAUUUAGAACAUUACCGCCUAAAGUCCGUGUUACAGUACCGAGUUUCUCUGCUCAAAAAAUAAAGAAAGAUCAGCUCAAUGAAAUGUUUGGUUCUGUGUCGUCAUUAUCCAUUAACACAGAACAUGGCGACACAAUGAAGUCAGCAGAAGCUGCAUCGUCUCCUACAGUAAAACCACUGCUUGAUGACCCGCGACUCACCGCUACCAUUCACACUGGGUAUAAACAUCUAUUCAGUGUUAGCUGUCUGAGUGAAGACCAAGUAUGGACAGGCGGGAAUAACGAAAUAAUGAAGCUCCUCAACCUCCAGCGUAAACUACUGACAUCAAUACAAACCAAGUCAGGGUACAUACCAACAGACAUAGCAGUGACACGGGAUGGAGAUCUUGUUUAUACUGACUAUGAUUAUAAAACCGUGAACUUAGUUACGAAUAAACAGAUACAGACCGUGAUCACACUACAGGGAUGGAGACCUCUCUAUGUCUGCUGUACCGCAGCUAACGAUCUCCUGGUUACCAUGGUCAGUGAUGAUGGAGAACAAUCCAAAGUCGUGCGUUACUCUGGCUCCAUAGAGAAACAACACAUUCAGUUUGAUGAUCAGGGUCGUCCUCUCUAUUCACCUGGUUAUUAUAAAUACCUCAGUGAGAACAGGAACCUGAAUAUCUGUGUGGCUGACCGGUCAGCUAAAGCAGUAGUGGUGGUCAAUCAGUCAGGAAAACUCCGAUUUAGAUAUAUUGGUCAUCCCUCUAAUACCGAUCAUUCAUUUACUCCACGCGGCAUCGCUACAGACAGCCAGAGUCACAUCCUGACAACAGACCGCAACAAUAACCGUAUCCACAUACUAGAUCAGGACGAACAGUUCCUCCGUUACAUUCACUGUGAUCUACGAUAUCCAUGGGGUUUAUGUGUGGACAUCAGAGACAACCUCUUUCUGGCUGAGUGUCGCACUGCUAAAGUGAAGAAAAUCCAAUAUCUAUAAACACAGUGUUAAUUACACAUAUCUACACAGCGUUAAUUACACAACUCAACACAGUGUACUUUACAGAACUGUGUUAAUUCCUUCUUCUUGUUAAUUACAUCUGCUUGUUAAUUACAGCCCUGUGAACAGCACAGCCAUGUGUUAAUUACAGCCCUGUGUUAAUUACAGCUCUGUGUACAUCACAGCCCUGAAUACAUUACAGCCCUGUGUUAAUUAAAGUCCUGGGUACAUCACAGCCCUGUGUUAAUUACCGUCCUUUGUGAUUUUUUUACAUGUACAUGUGUUUGCGAGUUUAAUGGACCAUUAUUUUGUUUGUGAAUUAUAUCAUUCAAUGUGUGUUUUAUUUUUCAAUGUUCAUAUUAGAUAAACACGAGAAAGAG